AUGUCGUCCUUCAAAACAUUAUCUGCGAAAUCGGCGGCAGCAUUGGAUGGGUCGUUGAUGUCGACGUUGGGCUACAAGCUUGAACAGUUGAUGGAGCUGGCAGGGCUCUCGGUGGCGCAGGCGGUGUACUCGGACUACAAGCCGGCGGAGUACCCGAAUGUUGUGGUGUUGUGCGGACCCGGGAACAACGGCGGAGAUGGGCUCGUGGCGGCACGCCACUUGUCCUUGUUCGGAUACAAGAGCGUCAAGGUGUACUGGCCCGUGGUAGGUAAGAACGCGUUCUACGGGAACUUGAAGACGCAGCUGGAGCUCUUUGACAUCGACAUUGUGCAGGACGCAAGUGCCGGGGACAGCGGCGCCAGCGCUAGCGCCAGCUUGCCCAACUUGCACAGCGUGCUCCGGGACUCGAGCAUCAUUGUCGACGCCUUGUUUGGGUUCUCCUUCCAUCCGCCGCUUCGCAAGCCGUUCGACUCGAUCAUCCUGGCCAUGGUUGAACAGCAGCAGAAGCACGGCAAGAAGAUAUUUGCCGUGGACGUUCCGAGCGGGUGGGACGUUGACGAGGGGCCCACUGCCCGGUCCGGCACCGAGGAGUACAUGCCGGACGCUCUGAUCAGCCUCACGGCGCCCAAGCCGUGCUCGCUGAAGCUCGGCCCGGAGGUGAAGCACUACCUCGGCGGCCGCUUCAUUCCUCAGUGUGUCGCAGACAAGUGGGACUUCCAGGUCCCCCACUACCAGGGCGCAGACCAGUACGUGAAGUUGGCCUCUCCUUGA